AAUCAGGAACAAGGUGCAUGCAUUUUGGGAGGCUAUGGGUCUGCUGAUGUUUUUCCGGGUUAGAGUGGGAGAAGAGGUGAUGCUCGGAAGGACUGCCGGAAGUUUAUUCCUUCGCCUGAGCCAUCUGCACCCUUGCCUGGGAAGCAUUCAGUCUGGACCUCUUCCACACCCCUGACUGCAGCAACCGAAUCACCACCAUGGCGGCCGACUCGGAUGUGCUGCACUUCCAGUUUGAGCAGCAAGGGGGCGCCAUGCUGCAGAAGAUGAACCUGCUGAGACAGCAGAACCUAUUUUGCGAUGUCUCCAUCUACAUCAACGACACUGAGUUCCAAGGGCACAAAGUCAUCUUCGCCGCUUGCUCCACGUUCAUGCGGGACCAGUUCCUGCUCACCCAGUCCAAGCAGGUGCGGAUCACCAUCUUGCAGAGUGCCGAGGUUGGCCGAAAGCUGCUCCUCUCCUGCUACACAGGGUCUCUGGAGGUGAAGAAGAAGGAGCUUCUCAAGUACCUAACAGCUGCAAGUUACCUGCAGAUGGUGCACAUUGUGGAAAAGUGCACGGAGGCACUGUCCAGGUACCUGGAGAUUGACGCGGCCGUGGAGGGCAGCCGGGCCAGCCCUGAGAAGUGCCACUCCUCCGAGACAGAACUGGAAUGCAGCGGUGGCUGCCCUGAUAAAGACUGUGAAAUCAUUGAGAUUUCUGAAGACAGCCCUGUGAAUUCAGAGGAUCAUAUAAAACUGGAAAAGGGGGACCUUCAGCAGCCGCCCAUGCAGAGCUUGCUAUCAGAAACAAAGAACGUUAAAAGCCCUGAGAUAUCAACUGUCAAGAUAGGGUAUAAGGACAACGAAAUCUGCAUUAUCCGAAUGGAUUCCAUCAGCGCUCCUAAUGUGGAAGGUGAGCAGUUUCCACAGCCGUGCACCUCCUCCAAAUCAAACUUGUACUUCCCCGAGACUCAGCACUCUUUGAUCAAUUCAACGGUGGAAAGCAGGGUCACAGAAGUGCCCAGGGAUCAGUUCCAAGACUUUGGCGGGGAGAAUCCGGAAGGAGCCAACAGAACGGCCCCAGGUGGGUUCCAGAGCCCAGGGGACUCUGCUUACUCCUGGCGGCACCAGUGCCCCAAGUGCCCCAGGGGAUUUCUCCACCUGGAGAACUACCUCCGCCACCUGAAGAUGCACAAGCUGUUCCUGUGCCUGCAGUGCGGGAAGACAUUCACGCAGAAGAAGAACCUGAACCGGCACAUCCGUGGACACAUGGGCAUCCGUCCCUUCCAGUGCAUGGUCUGCCUGAAGACGUUUACAGCCAAAAGCACCCUCCAGGACCACCUGAACAUCCACAGCGGGGACCGGCCCUACAAGUGCCACUGCUGUGACAUGGACUUCAAGCACAAGUCUGCCCUCAAGAAGCACCUGACGUCUGUACACGGGAGGAGCAGCAUGGACAAAGCCAACUUUGACUCCAUUACGGAAGUCAGAAUAGACUACGACUAGUGGGAGGUGGGGAGGGUUUGUAGAGCAGGUUUGGGAAACCCCCAGCCCACCAGGUGAGGGGUUUUCCACAUCACCCUGCAAGGCUGUUUGCCACAGACCACGCCCACUUGCCCAUCUGCCGAAAUCACUGGUUGACAUCAGAGGAUGGGUGGGAGCGCCUGGUACAAUUCUGCUAGGUGCUGCUUUGCAAAGUAGACCCAAAUGUUGACAAAAGUGGGACCACCCAACCAUCUGUCAGCAGCCAUCAAAAUACACAGUUGGUCCGUGAAUGGGGGGAGGUAAAGAACUGGCCCACUGAGCCAAAGGAGUUCUCCAUCUCUAUAAUAAUAAUAAUAAUAAUUUAUUAUUUAUACCCUGCCCAUCUGGCAGGGCUUCCCCAGCCACUCUGGGCGGUUUCCAAAAAAAUAUAUUAAAAUACUGUAAUACUGCAUCCCUAGUGUGCAGUAAGGUCAGCUGCUUUGCAAGUAUAGAGGUCAACCUCUCUUUUGGAUCUCAACCCUACAAGAUGGGUGUUUAGAUGUAGCACAACAUUUCCGCUGGUGAUGUUCAUGGAGGCUUGUUGGAGAACCAGUUGCCCAUCCGAGAUGAGAACAUCCUAUACACAAACAGGAAAUGGAACAAAAUUCAUCUCCCCCCCCCCAUCCCUUUCCGGGGGUGGGGGGUGAGUUGUCAACAGAUGAACAGAUGUGUGGGGUGAAGAAAAAACUUUAGGGGACUUAUUUUACUUUUGCACAGCACUUAGUUUUUUCGGUUGCUGGUGGUGGUUAUGAUGUUAUUAUUAUUAUUAAUUACUCUUGCUAUUAUUAUUACUAGUAGUAGUACUUUUUGCAAGAUGACUUGAGCCCAAAUCUUGAAAGAAAAAUUAAGUCUUGGACCGCUGGUGUUUUAGUGGAGGCAACUGUGAAUUAAAUAUUUAAUGGGUUGUUACUGAUUUCUCUCAUGGCGAUAAAACUGUGCAGCUGCAACGAAUGCUGUUGGAUUUUGUGUUUGCAUGGAGCAGAGACACCACUUUCACGCUUUAUCUUUUGUUGUUUCUUAAAAGAAGGUUACAGCUUAAUGUUUUCUUAGAAGCUAGAACUUUUAACUGGGGGAGGCCAGUGGCAGUCAGAAGGACCAAUCAGACGCUCAAGGCUUCAGAGUGUGAUUGUAACCAGAUCAGUUUCAGCUGAAGAUUUUUCUCUGCUCCUUCUGGCUGAAACAUGUGGACUGGUUUGGUGUGCGUUGGUGCCGGCACGUUCCGCUCAGUGAACAGGUUAGGUUAUCUCUAUAUGAUAGAUUCAUUUUCUUGUGGAUUUCCUAAGUGCUGUUUAAUUCUUUGAUGAAAAUAGGCCUCAGAGGUCUGGUAUUUAAGGAUGGUGGUGAAAAAGACCAGAAAUUUAUGGCACUGUUGUUUCUUUAGACCAUUUGUUACUCUGGCUUACCUUUGUAUGUUGUGUCAUAAAAAAGAAGGUAUCUACAGCUUAAGUUCCCUCUCUUCCCCCUAGACCUAGUGGGCUAUCGCAUGUUGGGAGGACCUGGUGUUUGCAGCCAGUGAGGAUGUUGUUAAAUGGUGUUUCUGGGUGUGGAGGGAAACACCCCCCCCCACCCAUUUUAGGGGAAGUACAGUGGGCUACAUCAAGGGUCAUCUGACCUGCAUGCAGAAGGUCCCAGGUUCUAAACCCGGUGGCAUCUCCGGGGAGUGCUGAGAGACACUUGCUGCCUGAAAUCCUUUACAGCUGCUGCCAGUCAGUGUAGACAGUAUUGAGCUGCAUGGACCCAUGGUCUGACUUCCUAUAACAGAAAUUUUGCCCUCCUCACAGGGUGCUUGAGUAUGCUGCAAAGCAUAGUGCUGGUGGGAACCAAGUCACCCACAAUCUUAAUUUUAUGAGAGGCAGCUGAGUCUUUUAAGUACAGUACAGUUGCCAGGAAGCCGUGGAUCCGUGUGUUUUUUUUGGUGCAGGCUGUGCCCAUGGACAUGACGUGUGAUUUGAUCCUUAGUUUGGGGUGGCCCAAUGCCAGAACCAGAGGAUCCAUGAGGAUGCGUGCUUCGAAACCAUGUUUUUCGCCCACAGUGUUGCCAGGAAGCCGUGGACCCGUGUUUAUUGUGUGUGCAGGCUGUGCCUAUGGCCACGGUGUGUGAUUCGACAGUGAGUUAGAGGUGGGCCAAUGCAAACACCAUGAGGAUCCAUGGUUUGAAACCACGUUUUUGCGCUAUGGUACAUUAUCUAGCAACGCCCCAAGUUUCCAGCCAAUCUGGUUCUAUUUUGAGGCAGGUUUUGCUUUUGUAUGGUGCAUAGCUUUACUGUGGGGUCAUCGAUGCUUUAUCCAACAGGAAUCUGAUGUAAUGGCUGCUGUUACUGGUCAAGUUGGAUGAUGGAUGUGCUUGCAGAGGCACUGGCCUUGAUCAUGUCGUGUACCACCUUGCCAAUUUGGGCAUUAUUAAGUGCCAUGUCUUUUCCCCCCUGUUGUUGUAAAAGUUUGCCACAACCUUUGUUUCUGGUCAGCUCCAUCUAUCCUGACAAAAUAUAGUAUACACACAGCUUAUACACUAACAGAGGCUGUGUACACAUUACCAGCUUAUAACAUACACAAGUUAUUUUUUCUCAAUUUGGGUUGAAGCUGGUUUGUGGGGAAAUGCAUCAAAACACAGCACUUUCUAAGAAAUAGAAUGAUGCACUGCUUCCCAAACCAGCAGUGGGAGCACACUGGAAAUGCAAAAUAAAAUGUGUGCAAAGGGACCCCUGACCAUUAGGUCCAGUCGUGACCGACUCUGGGGUUGCGGUGCUCAUCUCGCUUUAUUGGCCGAGGGAGCCGGCGAACUGCUAGGUUGGCAGGAGCAAGGACCGAGCAACGGAGCAGGGACCCAGGGGAUUCUAACUGCCAAAACUUGUGAUCAGCAAGCCCUGAGCUCUGUGAUUUAACCCACAGCGCCACCUGCAUCCCAUAAUGUGUGUUCACAGCCUUAAACUGACCUAGGCUUUCUGUGUUAUAUGAUCUGCUGGUUUUGGCUUUUUGUAAAUUUGGAUGUCAAUUUUUUUGUAUGCUAAUAAUAAGCUACAAGCUCUAGCUUAACAGAAAAGUCUGUAUUUGAGUGGUGUCCUACUGCCUUUUUAAAGGCUUAUCUUCCUCUCUCCAGCCCAUUGUAAAAGAGUUGUGUUAACUGCUAAUUUUUACAAGUUGUCACCUGCUUUGUCUUCAGGGCAUAAUUAUGGGAAUGGCAGCUUUGAUAUCCUGUUUUCUUGGCUGACUUGCCAGCUGACUUGCAUUUCCAAUCCCCCUCCAAUCCCCCUCCAAAUGACUUGUAGUGAAAAUAAAGUUUUCCCACAGCUGAAGGACAUAUUUCUGAUGCUCUUGAAUGAACUGAAAGGACUGCAAACCAUGCUGAACUCUUCUGGAACACAUAGUUUUGCACAGAGAAGAGAGGCCUUUUUGCACAAAUCAAACCAUUUUCUUUAACUAGUUAGAAGUUCCUUGAUGUUGCUUUUUUAAGUUGUGCCUCCUGAUCUAUAAGCUUCACAUUUCAAUAAAUAUUGCCCUUUCAACCCACCAAUUUCUUAAGAAAAAAAGACUUUACACCUGAAACCCUAAAUGCACUUGCUAAGAAGCAAAUCCCAGUGCUACUUACAUAUGAAGAAUCGCCAUGAGUGUUGUGUUAAAAUUUUGCUUCUCAUAAAUGUAUGAGCACCAUAAAUUAAUUUUCAACAGCACUUAGUGAACAGUUAUGCUCCU